CUUUUCUGAACGUCUCCACAAAGUGUCUGACGACGUCCCGCGUGCCAUGCGGGGAUUGUAACGCGUUUCGGAUCGCUGCUCGGUUCUCCUCGCGCUCCUGAGACAUGGCUCCGUUUGGAAAAAACUUCCUGAAAGCUCGACUGAAAAACAGGACAAAAGAUGCCAAGCCUGUGGUGGGAAAGGAGAUUCAGGUUUCAGUCUGCAACGAGGAGAAAGUUGUCUGUGGAGUAACAAAGCACACAACAUGUGCAGAUAUGAUUCAGGCACUGCUGGAUGAUCACAAGUCAAUCCCAGAGAGCAAGCGGCUCCUGCACGGGGAACCCAAAGACUUCUGUCUGGUGGAGCGGUGGAAGGGUUUUGAAAGAGCCUUGCCUCCUCUAACCAGAAUCCUGAGACUCUGGUACGCCUGGGGCGACCAGAGACCCUUCAUCCAGUUCAUACUAAUCAAAACCAGUGAUUUUGUGCCUCAACCCACCAAGAAGGUUGGAAAGUCCAGGGGGGCUAGGCCAAAGCGGCUGGAAAAUGGUCGCACUCAGCACACCCAGGCUGUGCCGGUGGAGAGGCAAAAGCGCAUGGUGAAGAAAGCUUUCCGAAAGCUGGAAAAGCUGCACAAGGAAACUAAGAGCUCCCUGGGUGCAGACGAGGUCGACCGGAUGGUGCAGCUUAUUCUAGACCAGGACCACACCAUCCAAGAACAGAUCCAACGCAUGAGGGAGCUGGAUUUGGAGCUCGAGCAGGUAGAUCUCCAAACGAAGCAGGAAGCUGAGUCUGAGAGUUCACCGACUCCGGCUUGUGCUCAGAGUUUGGAGGCGCACUUUGAUGAUCAGCUGCAGGAGUAUCUGUACACCAGUGAUGGGGUGGAACAGCUCGAGCUGCAAGUUCAGAGGCACCAGGAACUAAUCCUACAGCUGUCUAAGGAUAUCGAUGCUGAACUCAGGAGGGCCAACUUCCCGCUGAGCCAAUACGAGGACUGUGAACACGAAGGAGCUGCAGCUGCUUCCUGGUCCCCCAUGGAGACAGACAUAUUGUUCUACACUGCUGAACUCAAGAGGCUGCAGGAUGAAUUGAAGCACAGCCUCUUCACUGGUGUUUCCCUUCAUAACCAAGCUGCUGAGAUAGACAAGCAGCUGGAGAACUUUGAGACGACCCUGGUCUCCAAGGAUCAGGAGUGCUGGCAGCUGGCUGCCCACCUGAACUCAUUGCAAAUUGCAGACAAAGGAGACGAAGAGCAGUCCAAUCCUCUGAAAAGUGAGACUCAGUGCAGUGUCUCACAGACAGUGAAACUCAAACAGAGCCUGUCCCCUCUAGACAUUACGGACACAGACUCAGACACCGGGAUUAGCUCCACACACAGUCAGGACUCGCUGUCACCGUGUCUCGACUUCCCUCCCCCACUGGACACAGACGUUUGAACGACCAUGUUGAACCUGCAAUUUAGAGUUUCUGUGUGCACUAGCACUUCUUUGUGCCUGUCAUGUGUUGUCACUGUCUUUGUGUCUAAGAGAGCAACAUUCUUUUUUCUGACCAACAAAUCCCUGGAUAGCUUUCAUCAACCCUUUCACAACUAAUUGAUUGACCAUGUUUAUCAUUUUUGCAAUAAUGAAAAUUUCUGUUGCUCAGUCUUGAAAAACUGUAAGGGCCUUCAGUAAUAUUUAGAAUACAAAGACAGUAUCCACAGUUUAACCUUUUUUUGUAGUUUUUAUGCAUCUCAUACAAAAAAGGGCUGCUUCCUGUCUUUAUUUCACUUUACUGAUAAACUUACAAGGCAUGACACAGGAGCUUUUUCAUACAACACCAACAGUCCAUCACUUUUCCUUAUGACCGAUGGGUUUCUUGACCUCUGCCCUCAGCAUGUCUAAAGUGUGAAACAUUAUGAGAUAACUGUCAUUAAGUACCCAUUUCAUUUUCUUUCCUCUGCAGCAAUUAACUGAUUAACCACAGAUUCACAUUUUCUAAAGCAAUAUUGCCAAAAAUUUGGUUUCACAAGCUUUGAAAAUGCAGAGCUUUUAGUCCACUAUUUACAGAUUGAUCAAAAAUGACUUUUUUCAGUUUCAAGGCGCAAUAAUCACAAAAGGGACGGUAUAGUUAGAAUACAGUACCUUCUUUCUCCUUCAACUGUAGGCAAGCCACCCACUAUUGUUCAUGACAGCUGGGUUUCCCGCCUUAACAUGUCUGAGGUGUAGCAGGCUUAGCUAUAAUUAAGUGUUUCCUGUUGAUUUCUUAAUAAUGUUGAAUGUAUGCUCCUAUCCCUUGUCAAGCUAUUUAUGAACUGCACUUCUUUGUACACACUUAUACGUCUAUUAACAAUGUUUUAUAUUAAAACAAAGAGCUAACUGUUUUGGAUGUAGAUUUAAAUUGAGUCUUCCUUUCAGCAACACUGUAAAUAUACUACUGUAGCAGCAGAACAUUAUGGAAGCCCAGAGCAGACAUGCAUGAAUACAUUUUAUUUACACCGUUUUAUAGCAAUAAUGAGUAGUUUCUGAUUGUUUUCUGGAGAUAUCAAGUUAUCUCAUCUCAAGAUAAUAGCCCUGUGAUUGACUGGCGACCAGGCCAGGGUGUACUCCAACUCUCGCCCAAUGACCCUGUGACCCUGAAUGGGAAAAGUGGUAUAGAUAAUGGACGGAUGGAUCUCAAGAUAAAGCUAAUUCACCUGUGAUCAGUGAAUUCCAGUUGUUUCUUGACUAUUUGUUUUCUCUUAAUUAUUAAUUUAUCAAUUUACAACCUUGUUUUGUCUCAAUACCAGGAUAAUUUUCUGGCAGAAAAAAACAGAACAACAGUCUGAUCACUGUGAUGACCUUAAACCUCUCUGUUAAUGGGGGACAAUGGCAGAAUGGUAUGUUAUUGUUGUUGUCUUGCCUAUUUCUAGGUUUGUUUUGUGCAUUUUGUGCACAAGAUGAAUAAGUGAAAAUCUCCCAAAAACAACCUGAAAUGACUCGAUAUGGGGGGAAUGAAGUAAAUAAAAUUGUAUAGAUUCAUGUCCACUUGGGGCUUCCGUAGUACAUCCCUAUUCUUAUGAUCCAAUGUGUAAAGAUGAAAAAAGCAGCUGAAAGAAAAACAUAUUUAUUUGUCUUGUAAUUGUAUUUUAUAGAUUUUAUUGUGACCGCUUGCUAUCCGAGGCAAUAAUGUCCAUGUGCAACCGAUCUGAUCACGCAUCAGGUGUAUCCGGGGCAAAAGUAGCACAAGUAUUUGGCUAUCACUGUGUACACCAUGCUUUAACACAAAAGCUAUUAUAAAGGUAAUUGUAAGUUUCAACUUUUAUAAUAAACACUAAUACU